AUGAACGACUUACACAAGUUCGGUAACAACGUCCUUCACUGGGCCUGUCAUGGCGGAGACCUGGAGACGGUGAAGCUGAUCGUGUCCUGGAACCUGCUGGACGUCAACAGUAGAGGAUGGGACAGCUGGACACCGGUGAUGGAGGCAGCAGUGAAGGGACACAGCGAUGUGGUGGAGUUCCUGGUGGGUAGAGGGGCUGAUGUGUCGCUGGUGGACAGUGACGGUGACAACGUCCUUCACUGCGCCUGUAGUGGUGGAGACCUGGAGACGGUGAAGCUGAUCGUGUCCUGGAACCUGCUGGACGUCAACGCCAGGAACAACGACGGGCGGACAGCGGUCUACAUGGCGAGACGCUAUGGACAUCCGCGAGUGGUGAAGUUCCUGGUGUCACGUGGUGGACACUGA